AUGCCUACCAAGAAGGCAUUCGACUUGUACACCAAUACCACUACCACAACUACUUCGAAUAGGAAAAAGUCGAACCCGCGUCAUCCUGGAGAAGGUUGUAGUGAUCCUUCUGCAAAAAUGGCUCAGACGGAGGACCCUCCUGUACCAACUCCCUCAAAAGAGAUGACUCCUUCUCCAGGUCCUGCCGACCAGAAUCCUCCAGAUCCCACCGACCAGAAUCCUCCAGCUCCCACCGACCCAAGUUCUCCUGCUCAGCCAGAUAAAACUCUGCCUGCACCUCAGCUAGUGACGGGUUGUAGAAACUGUCCAAACACCGGAAUUCUGACUGUGAGUACCGGUUGGCACCGCUCGGAGGAGAUAGUCGGCAAACAUGAUGAAGAGAUCAAGGCGGCCGAGGGAAGGCUCGCCGAGCAACACAAGGUAGUCAAGGCCAAGCAUGUUAUGGAGUUACAAGCAGCUGAGGUUAAGAUCACCAAGCUUGAGGAGGAACUAAAAAAUAAGGAGGAAUCAAUUGCUAAAAUCACGGCAUCCAAGGAGAGGUAUAAGGAGGCCUCGCUGAUAACUAUCGAGAAGCUAAAAAACUUCAAAUAG